GAAAAAAGAACACUCAUCCAACGAACGCGUAAUCAAUACGGUUUAAACGGGUGACUUCGCUGCAUUUUAUGCCACAGCUUUCUUUCUGGAAAGGAUAGUUCAUGAUUUCAGACAAGAAGCUGCGCCUAUAAACUCUCGCCUCCAGCUGCUUUUUUUAUUCAGUGGAGAAAUUCAGAAAUUGAUCGAUCGUUUUUGCUCUUCACACGCAGGCGCUUCUGAAACACUGAGAUAGAGGCCAAGUGGAGUAGUAGAUGGAGAUAAAUAUGAUGGAAAAGGAAGAAAUUCAUUUGAAAGUUGAGAACAAGAUCAGGUCUGAUGAGAAGACAGAAAAGACUGAGGUGGAAAUUGAUGUGAAGAGCAAAUCAGUGGAGAAAGAACAAGAGCUUAAGCACCAGGAUUGUAAGAAAGAAGAAAAGCAUAAGGAUUCCAAGCAGGAAAAGAACACAGAGGCGAGUGGAGAUGAAGAUGAUAAGAAGAAGAUGAAAAAGGAAAAAUCUAAGAAGGAAAAGAGCAAAGAGGAGGGUGAAGAUGAAGAAGAUAAGAAGAAGAUGAAAAAGGACAAAUCUAAGAAGGAAAAGAGCAAAGAGGAGGGUGAAGAUGAAGAAGAUAAGAAGAAGAUGAAAAAGGACAGAUCUAAGAAGAAAGAAAAGAACAAAGAGGAGAGUCAAGAUGAAGAUGAAGGAGAUAAGGAGAAAAAGGAGAAAUGUAAGAGGAAAGAUGGAGAGAAGAAACACAAGAAAGAGAAAGACACAGAAAAGGAAAUAAAACACGAAGAGGAGGAGGGAGAAGAGAAGGGCGAGGACAAGCAUGACAAAGAGGAUAAGAAGGGAAAGGUGAAGAAAGACAAAAAAGAGAAGGGAAAGGAAAAGAAAACUAAGGGCAAAGAGGUAGAAUCCGAGGAAAUAUCAAAUGAAGAAAACGACGAGGAAACAGAAGAUAAAAAAACAAAAAAGGAUAAGAAGAAGAAAGAAAAGAAGGAGAAGGAAACUAGAGUGAAAUGCAAAAAUGAAGGGAAGGAUGAAGAAGUGCAUGAUAAAGAAGAGACUGAGGUGUCUGGGCCUGACGUGGCCACAAGAGAAAUACAAAUAGAUGGGAUUGAAUCAGAGGGAAUAUGUAAGUCUGAAAAGAAGGAAAGGGAGUUCGAGGAUGAGAAGAAAGAUAAGUCUGAUAAGAAGAAGAAAACUGAAGGCAAGAGCAAAUGCAAAGAUCUUGAGACGCUGAAAAAGAAGCUGGAGAAAAUCAAUGCAAAAAUGGAAGGUUUGGAGCUGAAAAGAGCAGAGAUCUUGAGACAGAUAAAAGAAGUUGAAGAUCAGAAGUCUUCUCUUGCUGGGGCUGAUGAUGGGCAGCAUUAGGCGGCAUAUGUGUUAUCUCUUUUAUGGACGUUUUUUACUCUAUUUCCAUGCCAUGUGUUUGUUUGUUUUUUUUAUACAUCUAUACAACGUACAAUCUUUUGAUGUACUAGAUUGUACACUUGUAAUUUAAUUGCUUUUCUUAUGUCUUGGGAGUGUUUAAGUGAAUAAAUAUGUCAUUUAUAGUGUUGAUGAA